AUGUCUCGACCGAAAACCAGAAGGUUGGGAAUCAACGGCACCGCCCAGGUCGAGCCAUUCCGCCUUCGUCACUCGUUAUCAAUGCGUCGGCCGACCGCCUCCUUCCACUCACAGCCGGGCGUCGAGCCGUCCUCGUCCUUCAUAGGGGCCGACGGCCGUAUUCUUCUCACACCGACACGACCACAGGAUGCCGGUGCAGCGUACGGCCAGGUGGCUACGCCGUCCUUCGGCUCGUUCCACCGAGAGCAGUCACAACGCUUGCACGCGUCCGGCCUGCAUUCGGCCCGCAGCAGCCAGCGACGGCCGGGCCGCAAACUGUCGCUACGGGCGCUAUCCGCGCUGCGCAUGACGGCCGAGGUGUUGUUCGCUUCGUGUCUCAUGGUGGCUGUCGGGGCGCGCGCGAGCCUCGUGUCGCUGUAUUAUUUAUUGGUGUUCUGCUACGGCGUGGUGCAAUCUUUCCAGUCGCGGUCCAUCACGCUGUUGACGUUGGCCGUGGCGGCCAUGGCUUGUGUUUGCCACGGGGCCAUCAAGGGCGUAUACGGAGACGCCAGCUACGCCGGGGCCGACAUGGCCGAUCUCUUUGGGUUCCGGCCCAUGAACAACUCCACCGAGUAUCUACGGGGAAUAGGAGUAGACGUGCUGGUGCUGGUGUGCAGUGCCAUUCACUACUGGUACGUUUUGAAGAGACUGAACUCUCGAUCCAAGGAACAGGAAGAGGAGGAGCGGGCCCAGCAACAUUUCGACCUGUUCGAGAUGGGAGAGCGCCUGAUGAACGGCAAAGAGCCGAAACGGGACCGCAGGAGGUCCAUGCUACGAGCAGUGGAGCUGUUCAGUGCCGUGUUUCUCUUUCUCACGUCAGUAUCCGUACCAGCAUUUGCGUCGGGAUUGCUGUACGUGGUGUUACUCGUUCGAUUAAUCGGAUACACAGUGUUCGUCCGGAGGAUGACAAUACAGGAGCUGCUCUCUCGCAGGUCGGGCGUCAAGUUCUCUAGCUACUUCCUCGGACCAGGAGUUACGAAGCUUGUGCUCUCGCUGUCUCUGGUUACCAUUGUAGCAUGGUACUGCUUCCAUCUGGACCAGUUGGCCGAUGAUGAUAUGGUUCAAACUAUCGCCAACUACCUUGGCUUUGCUAACUUUCGUGAGGGCGGGGUACAGUGGCAGUAUUUCUUCUUUGCUGGAUUUUUAUUCCUGCUCUUUGUCAGUUGUGCUAAGCUGCACAACCUGCAUUCGGAAGCCAAGGAUGCUGAAGCCAGUGGCACGGCGAGUCUGGCGUCGGGAUUCUCACAGAACGGACCUACAGCGGUGGAUCUGGGAGCCGUGGACGCGGAAGUGGCUCAGUCGCUGCUGGACCAGCGCAAUCGAGCCACCACAGCGGAUAUCAAGGAACUGCUGAGCAAACAGUCGAUUGUGGUGCGCGCCUUUGCACGCGAUGGAGGACUCUUGUUGGGUAGCGCAGCGGCGAUCGUGUGGUGUGUGUCGUACCCGUCCUAUUUGUCUGCUCCGUUCUUGGGACUCGCGUUCGUGACGAUCGCAUUGUUUGGAGUAUUAUCGUCGUCCCUCUUCAUGUGGUUAUUGAUCGCUUACGGUACAUUGAUGGCGAUGGCAGAGUACACCAGCAACCUCACGAUUGACUUCGUGCCCGAAGACUACACGACGUACGGCCUCGGAGUCUUCGACUACCCGUUUCUGGAUAUCGGAGCGCACACAUUGUGUCUCGUGUUCAUGUUCCUGGCUAUCCGAACGCAGUGGCGGUAUCAGGAUAUUCUUCGUGAGUCCCGAAAACGUCGCAACACAGCGAAGGUUGCUGAUGUUGAUGAAGAAAACCACGAAGACGUCGUGGCUGACAGAGCGAGUUUCGCGAACUUCGUACGUCUAGCGAAGAUGCGUAGCGUAAGUAUCGACAGAGGAUUGCCCGGUAUGGUACAACUUCUAAUACUUAUCCGUGAUAUACAGCAAAUUCAACAGGGAUGGCGCUCUGCUGCUCGUCUGUGGCUCGUGGACGCCAAGCGAGUUGUAUUCACGCAUCUGGAUGCACUGGUCCUUGCCACGAUUCUAAUUGUUGCGUUGAGCACUCACGUGUCGUUUCUUCAGAUCGGAUACCUGGUUCUCGCAGCCUUGCUUAUGCUGUUUUUUGAAAAGAGAAGACGGUUCUGGCGCGUCUUGCUGCUGUAUGCGCUUGGAGCGUGUUUUGCAGUGUUUAUUCGGAAUAUCGAUUGUACGGAGAGCUCCGAGAUGGAGCUGAUUGGUCUGCAGUGCUACAAUCCUGGACUCUAUACAUGGAAAUCGUUGUGGCCGACGCUGUUUAGCGCGCAGCUUUUGAUCAUUUUCCAGUUGGUAUUCCAGCUUGUCAUCUAUGUGGCCAACAGCGAAGAGAUCGAGGAACGUAUGCGAACCAAGGAACAUGUCCGGCAGAACCCCGUCUUCUUCGUCUCUCGAUUGGCUGUGGAAGUGGAUAAUUGGUUCAGAAUUUGUGGAGUUCUGCUCUGUUACACGGCGUUUAUCGUCGUGGCAAUACAGUUCGAAAGCGGUCCAACUACAUUGAGCACGAAUAUGGUCGGAGCUUUGCAAUUAGCGAUGUUUUUGAUCAUUUUUGGGAACCAUUUGGGUGGAUUUCAGUCGGCUCCGAGAACGUCUUUGCGACUUAAAUUGCUGUGGUCUCUGGCUUUACUGAUCGAAGUGUUGAUCCUGGUUGCGCGAUACGUUUAUCAGUUCGAGGAGGUGGCUGCAUACUUGGAAAAGAAUUUGUUCACGUCUUCCUUUAUCUCUGCACAAGACUUUGGUCUCGAGUAUCACGCUUCGAAUAGUGGAAUCUCGGACGUGUUCUUGUAUUUGUUACCUACUGCGAUUAUGACGGGCUUGUGCUUUUGGCAGCUUUCGUCCAUGAUGAAGGACGUGACCCCGUAUGAUUUAUUCACUGCUGGUCGCAGUCGUGCAGCGGAUGGCAUUCGCUUUAUCAUGGAUACUUUGCAGCAUUUAUUGAUCUCGUUCAGUGCGACGGCGCUCGUGAUUGUGACGAUGUGGGUAGCUCUGGACCAGAUCAGCUUCAUUGGUUUGCUAUAUAUCCUCAUACUGAUCGUGGGUCGAGCAUUGAGUGACUCGUGGAAGCAGCUGUGGUUCCCUCUCUUUUGUCUUGCAUCCCUCUCAAUGUUGAUGAAAUACCUCAUUCAAUUGAGUACGUUCAACACAGAACAGGCCGAUGCUGGAGUGCUCUUUAAGCCUGGGGAUGACAGCGACUGGGUCGGCACUAUUCGCUUGGAUGAACGCUACGAAGAAAGCGAGGGAAAAUCUAAACUGUGGGAUUUAUUAUCUGGAGAAUUCUGGAUCAUUUUACUGUGUUCGUUCCAGAGGAUGGCGCAGUAUUUCGACUCGUCCUCGUCAGCACAGCGUCAACUGGAUCUGGAAGAAUUAACAGCACGAUUCGAGGAGCAGUACGCGCUGUACGCAGCGAAUAACUUGGAUUCCUACCACCCAACAUCCUCGUGCGAAGUCGACGAUGACGACGAUGACCUCAAAGAUCGAGCUCGAGCUUUCACGUACGAUGACGAGAGCAUGCCACCUCGCUCGAGAAAAACCCAGCAGUCCGAGGGGAAUGCAGACACUAAACGCGAAGACCACGCGCACUUGUCGUCGAUCUCUUCAGAUGAUAAGGAUUUCUUCUCGUGCCUCCGCAGCUUUGGUACUACAUAUGCUAGCAAGGCAUCAGUGAAUGUGGUGAUGCUCUUGUUGACAGUGUCGUGCUUUGUGCACCAAGACAUCAUUGCGAUGAUUUAUCUUCUGAUUGUGUACAGUAUGAUGUACGCUUACCCUGCUACAGUAUGCAGACGCUGGUGGGCUUUGGCGUGGUUACUGUCCUUGGUUAUCGUGUUAGAGUACGCGGUUAUACUGUGGUUACCUCCGUUUAUGGAUGUCGAGAUGGAAGAAACUUUCCCGUGGCGAGUGAUAUCGGAUACGUACGAGAAGUGGCUUAUGCUGAGUAAUCAGCAUAAGUGGGGUCUUAUGGCAGAUUUCGUGGCACUGCUAAGUGUGUACCUCUUACCGGAUUCCGACAGGUUUACUGAAGAAGAAGAGGUGAUUACAGUCGUUGACGAGUCAGCACCAUUACUCAAACUCACCCACGACAAUGGAUUGGAAGAAGACGCUGAAGGCGCGACUAAAACUCCUUAUCCUGUGUCAUCUGGAGAAGUCACAUACACUUUACUUAUGCGGAAGUACGUGUGGUAUUAUCUGGAGUUCGUAUUCCUAGCGAACUGGUUGCCACUCCUGCUUCUCCUGGUCUUCGUAUUUGGAGCCAAACAAGGAGGAGCCGUCUCGAUCGCGUACUUAUUGGGGUCGCUAGUUAUGCUGUAUCGACUGGAUGAGGCGCGUGAGCCUUCGAAUCCGUGGAUCCAAUACUUACGCAAGUGGAACUGGGCUCACCUGUUCAUGAUCACUGUCAUCAACGCUCCUUACGUCUACUCUGCAUUGAGCAAUUGUCUCAUUGGAGCGAAAGCAGAUAACGACGAUAGCUGCAUGUCUGUGUCCAAUUUUCUCGGCGUGGAGGCGAACAAAGUUCCGUACGGACUGAUCGCUCUGUUCGUACUGAUUUCUAUCCAGUGCGAGAUCCUCAUUGCUCCAACGUAUCAAACAGUGUUCGCUAUCUUAGUGAGCGAGCAGAACCGUGCAUCUGUUCGUCGUGAAGAGAUUGUACGUGAUUUCUAUCGUCGACGAACAGAGCAGUGGUAUAAGAUGAAGAAGGACAAGAACGCAGCCAUUCAACGCCUCAAGAUCAUUGUAUCGAAACUCGUGCAUAAAGUGGAAGAGCUGAUGGAUAUCGCACUAGGAUUGCACCACAAUUUACCUCCAAUGGCUCCGUCCAAGCCUAUCGCAGUCGAGAGAUCUCAAAACUCGGCCACGAUUUCGUGGGAGAAGCCAUCGAACAGCUACCACAAGAUCCGCUACUACCGCAUUUCAAGACAGCAGUUCCCGUCCUUGACGCUUCUUGGAGACUUCGGAGACAUCGUGGAGAUCUCGGGUGAUCGCUGUGAGGCCAGAAUCGAGGGUCUUCGGCCUGGAACCAGCUAUCAGUUCAAGGUCUGUGCAGUGUCUCGAAUGGGCGAAGGCCCGUUCAGUGUCGCUAGUGAUCCCAUUGCUACGUAUUCUUUGAAUCUGGAUGGAUCGACCACUGCCGGUUGGAUGAAAUAUCGUCGUGAGAAGCUCCCUGCUCCUCGCUUGGGGUUCUUCGUAUCGUGGAUGAAAGCCAAGUAUCUGCAUCGCUACGUGGUCAUUGACUCGAGUCACUUGGUGUUCUAUCAAGACGAAGAACGAGCGCUAAAGCACCGCAGUCGCAAGCACAGGAAGCGACUCAAAACUUCGUUUAAAUGGCGCGACGUCAUCUCCCUCAAGCUCAGCGACUUCAAGGUGCAGUACGACGACAUGUCGCCUUCGCUUUACUGCUUUGAAGUCGUCGUUCGCCACGCAGGCAGCCGUGGCGAUGUCAAGUACGUAUUCCAGUCGGAAUUGUCCAAAGAGUUCAACAUGUUCCUCUCCGCUCUAGCCUUCGCUGUGCCUCGUGAAGCUCUGGAUGGAAGUAUCGUUGAGUGUUUGAAAGAACGGAAUCUGCCCAACCCUCUGGAUGUGGCGCCACCGUCUCAAAAUAUCGAUGAAGACGCGAAUUUCGAUGAGAACAAAAGUGAAUGGAGUAGUGUGACGGGCGAUGAGAGCACUCUCGGUGACCCGGAAGAUGAAGAAUUCGACGAUAAGAGCGGAUUCGCGUGGCAUACUCCGUUGUACAGACUGUUGUAUAAGUUCCAGAACGCUGGAUUUAAACUGGAGACGCCGCAAUACGAAGAGGAUGACAUGAACGAGCCUACUAUCCCUGAAAUUGUACAGCUGGUUAUUAACGGAGUGCGCAGUAAGAGUGGCAGUAUCUGCUGCUUGGCACUGGUGAUCUGUUUCACUGUACAGGCGGAUUUACUGAACAUGGUGUACGUGCUCGCUGCGUUCGGGUUUUUGAUUGUGGAGAACCCUCGUCCGGCUCCGACAGUCUGGACCCACUUGCUCGUUUACACGUGCUGUAUUAUCGCGCUGCGCUACGUGUUCCAGUUGUCGAUAUUCUGCACUGGAAUGACGACCCGUGGCUACUUUUACCCGAGUUUUGAGCCGUAUUGUACGACAGCGACUGCUGCAGCCACCAACGCGAAGUCUAUCCAGCCAAUGGUGCUGUUUGGACUGUACAAGUUCGACGGAAUUGCUAUGGACGACGUCACGUCGGUGUAUGACGGUCUUCAGUGGGACUUUUAUGUCAUGUUGUUCCUCUUGUGGCACCAACGAGAACUCCGUCUCCAAGGCUUCUGGGUCGAAACACAGAGUGGCGACAUCGACCAAGCCUCGUCUCGGUAUAAAUCCGAAGUGAUGCGAGGACUGCGGACGUCGUUCUCCUCGUCCCACGACUCGAUUGAUGACGCCUUCCUUUAUGACGCCCCAGCUCCCGGAAAGAAACUAGGGGCUCGUCCAUCGUUUACGUCUCAGCGUAGUAGUCGACGCUUCCCAGCGAUCGACCGAGCUCCGACCAACGCCAGUGUGCUUAGUAUGGACAAUUCGGACAUCGUCAACGAAGUGGCAGCUCAAGUUCUGCAAGAAAUGAAGGAACAGGAGAAGUUGGAAGCCGAAAAGAAGGCGGCGGAGGCAGCGCUGGCUGCCAAUUCCGACGACAAUGUGGCGCAUUCCCCCUCGUCUCGACGAUCGCUCGAGUACGAAGCUUCUGCUGCUAAUAUAUCACCUAAUUCCCCAAAUGCAGCGAGAGAUAACUUUGUCUCGAAGCAAGUGGACAUGGACGCAGACGAGUCCGAAGUCGGCUUCCACGCACGCGCAAAGCAGUCGUGGCUCGAGAAGAAAUAUCCGAAAGCUCACGCGUAUUUCCAGACUGUCAUUUGCAAGCCACCAGCGCAAUGGGAUAAAGACAUUCAAGUGGCGAUCACGGGAGAGAAACCAGGUCGGGAUUUCUACACGGCAUCGCUGUCUGUGCUGCUGUUCUCGUCCGUGUACGCUGUGAUCUUCUACGAGGAGCUGGGAGAGGCGGACUCUAGCAGUACGUCAGUGGCUGAUGCAAACAGUCGAGUGUCGUCGUCGUCUCUGUUGUCCGGUUACCUGGUGCUGUUGGUGUUGAUUGAGCUGAUCUUCAUCAUCUGGGAUCGAGUGGCGUACGUCACGGCAUCGCUGCAGUCCAAGGUGAUACUGCAGUACUCGUACACUCUCGUGCUGCACACGACUGUGUGGUAUUUCCUUCCUAGCAACACCAACAUCUACUUCCAGCAACGACCUGCACUGGUGGCGUUCUACCUGUUCCAGUGCGUGUAUCUCUGGCUCGGCGCUCUACAAAUUCGCUACGGGUAUCCGGCUUAUCUCGGCAGUCGCUACAACUACACCGAGGAGACGAAAGUGACGCAAGCGAGCGAGACGCUGUUCGGACUGAUGAUGCAGGCGCCGUUCCUGUUCGAGAUGCGCGCGCUGCUAGACUACAUGUGCACGAAGACGUCGCUAAGUUGGCAACACUGGGUGUUACUGGAGGACACGGCAGCGCAUUUAUUCGGUGUCAAAGGCGACAUGAAAGGACGAGUGGAGAACGCAGAGAUUCUCCAGGGCAAGAAGCGACAGCCGAUGAUGACGAAGCUCACGUCCGCUGGUGUUAUGUUGCUGUUCCUGCUCAUCUGUCUGGUCGGUCCUUUAGCCAUGUUCAGCUCCAUCAACCCCAGUACAACCGCCAACGACGUGACCUUGACGACCGUCGUCUUUGGCAUCGUGGACGAACAGGAGACGAUGAAUCAACUGUACUCGAACAGCGACAGCAACAGCCCAUCGUGCAAGGUGGACUUGAACACGGACAGCGCGUCCGUACAGUGUGUCGAGUUCGAUGUGUUCUCGUACGAUGUAUGGGCAUUGUCACCGCCGCGUAUGGAUCUUCUAGUGACGCAGCUGCAGUCGACUCAGGUGCUUAAUUGGACCAUCUCGUUCACAUUUACUCGACCAGGACCGACAGACGACGAGGUGAUCUCGACGAAAUACUCGGUCAGAAUAACGGAUGAACACCGGAACGCGCUGAUUCCGAUGAUCAAGCAGACUGUGACUGACGAUGACAGCACGACGUUGUCUGCUAUCCAGAUAGACAACCUGUUCCCCGCAGUUGUACAGCUGACGGCAAGUAGUGGCGUACUACAGCGUUCUACCCAGAUGCGAUCAGUGGCGAUCACCAAACACGCCUCGGACGGAUCGACGUGGUGGACUAUUGAGCCUGUUGUGAGCUCGUCCGGUACAAACUACUGCUCCUCUGAUUACCCGUUUUGUAUCGUUGCAGUAUCGGACAGAAUUGUGCAAGGUUUGACGACUCUGGGUAUCAGUUCGUACGGACUCACGGCCGUGUACAUUUUCGUCGUGGUGACAGUGGGUAGCGCUGUGAAGGGAUUCUUCCGAGGGAAAUUGUACCAGAUUCAGUAUGAAGAACUGCCGGAUCCUGAGGACGUUCUGGAACUGGUGGAAGGGAUCUACAUCGCCAGGCAUGAGCACUAUGUGGGACAUCUCAAGGACGAAGUACGCAUUUUCGAAACACUUGUACGCGUGCUGCGGUCACCAGAGACGUUGAUUAAGGUCACGGGCACCAACAUCAUCCACAUCCCGACUGCAAAAGAAAAGCUCGACUAG